CUCAUCCGUCGCACGCCUCGCUAGUGUCGGGAAAUAGAAGGGGACGUCCGUCUUUUCCCUAAAAGAAAAUACAAAAAGACCAGCCGCUCUUUCAGCCCUCGUGUUGACGCGCUCCGUGGCCAAGAAGGGAACAUUUGAAUCCAAAACUCGUCCAUAUUUCGUGAGUCAUUUGUUCUUCCGUCAGUGAGACAAAGAACAAGACACAAGAGGAGGACAGCUGUGGGGAUGUGCUGUUUCAGGGCUCAUCCCUCAUUUCGCAGGUCAUUCCUUUAAGUUGACGCUGUCGACACUCGGUUCAGCUUUGGGAUGUAAACGCGACUUUAAGGGAUCUGAAGUGGUGCGACCCAGCGAGUGUUUCCAUGAGCCCCGUGGGAGCUCCGAACGUCUCGUGAAAGACUCGUGAGGGAACCGUCUCUUUCCUCCUCCGCCUCUAACAAUCCGCUGUGUCGCACCUCCACCAUGUCCUUUCCCUGCCGUGGCGCUCCCAUGGAGAGUGGACGCCCACCCAGAUAGGAUGCCUGCCUUGCCCGACGUCCUGCAUCCCCUCCUGCCCAUCACCACCUCCUCCUCCUCCUCUCGUGUACCUGCUCUUGCUAACAGUUCCUUGCGGACCCCUGGGCUCCGCCCUGCUCCACUCCAACAUGGUGGAUGAGGUGACCACCAUGAAGGAUGACGUCAUCAACGCCAACACGCUGGCUUGGCUGGUCUGCUCGGGCGUGUCCAUCCUGGCCAACACUUGGAGCAUCCUCAGCGUCAGUGCCAAGCAGAAGAAGUGGAAGCCGCUGGAGUUCCUCAUCUGCACGCUUGCGGGCACGCACAUCCUCAACAUGGCGAUCCCCAUCACCAUGUACUGUGUCAUCACACUGCGCCGUCAGAACUCCGACUACGAGUGGAACGAGGGUCUGUGCAAGGUGUUUGUCUCCACCUUCUACACCCUCACACUGGUCACCUGCUUCUCCGUCACCUCGCUCUCUUAUCACCGCAUGUGGAUGGUACGCUGGCCUGUGAACUACAGGUUGAGUAACACCAAGAAGCAGGCAGUGCACACAGUGAUGGGCAUCUGGAUGGUCUCCUUCAUCCUGUCCACGCUUCCAGCUGUGGGCUGGCACGACACCAUCGACCGCUUCUACACCUCCGACUGCCGAUUCAUUGUGACGGAGAUCGGUCUGGGCUUCGGUGUGUGCUUCCUGCUGCUGAUAGGCGGCAGCGUGGCCAUGGGUGUGAUCUGCAUCGGCAUCGCUCUCUUCCAGACCUUCUCCAUCCAGGCGGGCCACAAGGCCGACAAGAACACGUUCAACGUGCCCACCAUCGUGGUGGAGGACGCUCAGGGGAAGCGCAGAUCGUCCAUUGAUGGAUCGGAGUCUCUCAAGACAUCGCUGCAGAUCACCUACCUGAUCAGUGGGAUCGUCUUUAUCUACGACUUCCUGACUGGUUUCCCCAUACUGGUGGUGAGCUUCGCCAGCCUGAAGUUCGACCGUUCCUACAACUGGAUGGUGCUGUGUGUGCUGUGGUGCUCCAUUGCCCAGUCCAUCCUGCUGCCCAUGUUCCUCUGGGCGUGUGACCGCUAUCGGGCGGACAUCCGCAUGGUGUGGGAGAAGUGCGUCGCCAUCAUGUCCAACGACGACGUGGACGAGGAGGGCUUGCCAUGUAUAACUCAUCACAGUUUUGUCAGAGCAGAAUGGAAUGUGCCCCCUACAAGAAGAUACUCCCACGACGAAACCGACAUGUGGACCAGCGACCAGAUCCCCUCAUACCUUCACCAAUGGGGCUCCACCGAGGACAUGAUAUUGACUGCCCACUACAGCUCCACCUUACCGCGCCGCGAGAGGCGCAGGAGCAGCCUGGUGUCCUACCACGAGGAGAGCCACCGCCACCAGCACCACCCGCAUCGCAAGCGGCGACGCUCUGAGGAAAGUAUGCACUCCCUCAAGCACCUGCCGCGCGUGGUCUGCGGCGGCGAGCACUACGAGGACGAGCUGCGGUGUUUUAGCCGCGACGAGGUGAUGAACUUUAUCGACGAGACGCCGCUGCCGAGCCCGAGGAAGAGUCCGCGGCGCGCGUCCACCGUCUCCCUGAUCCCACACGUGUACGAGCAGCACGCCGUCUUGCUGCCACACUUCCCGCUCACAGACUUCGAGUGUGAGCCUCAAGCGCUCCGGCGGCUCUCGGAACACAAAAGGAGCAGCGGCAGUCGGGCCAGCACGCCCGAGGCUUCCCCCAAACCAGACAGGCCUGCUGGGAAGAAGAGCCCCGGGGCGUGCGGCUCCGGUAAAGGCUGCCGGGAGCGUGCGCGAGACGGGAAGCAGCCGUGCGAAGCGGGCUCACCUGGCCGCAGCCAGCACUCUCCGGGGCGCUCUGCCACUCGGCCGCGGACAGGCGGGGGAGGCCGGGCUGACGCGGCGGCGGCUGCCCGCGGGUCCCAGAAGCACCCGAGCAAGGCUGAGAGUAAAGUUAGCAGGAACAGUUUUGUAAGCGCACCCUCGGCGUCGUCCAAGGGAUACAUCACCUUCCACUCUGAUUCUGUCGGCUCCACCACCUAAAAGCAAAGAUGACUCUUAUUAAUAUCAACAUUAUUAAUGAUUAAAUGACCACCACCGCAAUACUGGUGGUUAUGUGAAAGUGACAUACUUAGAUUAUUUGUCCUUUUUACCUGUGCCACUAUUCUGUUUUAUUAUACCACCAAUACAUGUGUGUUAUGCUAAAUGGCCUUGGGAGCUUUGGACAUAUUUUCUGAAUAGGCCUAAUGUGUACUUCAUAUAUGAAGGUUUGUAAAAAAAGGUUGGGUGGUCUGGUUAUUCAGCUUUCACCUCACAACACAUCACCAAAUGACACUUUUUAUUUCCAGCACUGACACAAAUCAACUUUAUUUGGAGGACAUUGCCGCUCCUUGUUUUUGAUGUUCAAUGUUGUUUCUUAUGAACUGCUCAAAGAAUUGAAGGAGGUAUUGUUAGGGUGGUGUUUUUCCCUGAAUACUUAAAGUAUUUUAUUUUGCCUUCAUUGGCUUUGUGUUUCGUUGUAUAUGGAUACAUUGUCUUUCAAACCAAACUUGUCUGAAUACUAUAUGUACCUUGAUAUUUACUUAAGGACAUGACCCUGUCCAUGUUUUUUUUUAAAAUCUUGAUCAUGUUGCACAACUUGAUUAUUAUUCACAACACCUUUAAAGUUAUUAUUUGAAGCACCCUUUGUUGAAGUAAACUGAGUGGUAAUCCCAAACACUGUAUUGCCUCUGAUAGUUUUAAAGUUACUGUGUGGUAUUGAGAUAUAACGUGAAGACCCUUACAUUUCUAAUGAAAAUUUGAAGUCAUUUUUUUGAAAGAAGAUUGAUGGGACAUGUACAUAUGAAGGAUAUUGAAUUUAUGGUUUUAGUGUUAUUUUUUGUUGUUUAAUGAGAGCGUUGCUUGGAACAUUUCCUCCCAAUUCUUAUUCCAAUGUUUGUGUUAACUUUGGAGAUGAUCAGGUACAACAGUUGCCCCACCACAUUGCAUAUUUCCAUUAUAACACAUCAGACUAAUACAGAUGGAAAUGUUGCUUUGUCCCCAUCAACUGAGCAUGUCAGCCUGACCUCACCUCUUAUUUGUUUCAGCAACGUGUUAUAAAGGACCAAUAAUUAUGACAUUUUUUUAAUGGCUCUUGAAGAAGGAACCUCUAAAAGAUGUCAAAUGGUCCAAUGUUUGAAUAAUUGCAGCCUUCAAGCUGACUACAUGUAGCAUCAUUUAAAUGUGGGUGUGCUAACAAAGAUGUUAGCACUAAUGGCUCUAUUUUGGGAAUUCUGUUGAGUAUGAAGUGACUUUUUCAGAGACCCGAUAAAUCCGUAAGCAUCCCCAAAGAGUCAGUAAGAGAUGGUGUUGGUGAAAUUAAAGAAGAAUUUUGUUUGUAUUUCUUAUCAAUAUAUAUUUGGAGAGAGAAUAUGAUUAUUUCUCAUUAUAGCCAGAUGUAUAAGGGGAAGGACAACAUGUUAUUUCUAAAUGAUCAGUUUCCAUGAUUUUGAGAAAUUCUCACUUUGUACCCUAACUCCAAAUGGACACUGCAGUGCACCAGCCCAGUGCUUCACAGCCCAUUGUUAAAUUAAUGAGGAGCAUCUCACGUUCACCAAAUGUGACAAUUUGCGGAAUAAAAGGAGUUAGAACUCCACUGCUGACAAAUAAUAGCAGAACCAACUGGACUUUUAUGCCUCAAGGACAGUAACUGCUUACCUAAAGAAUGUAUUUGGACCGUAUGGAAAAUAUUAUAAGGUAUAAAGAGAACAUGAAAUUAAAAUGUGCCCUUUGACAGCCAUAUUAUCUGCGACACUUUUUUGAUAAUAUCCAAGUUAUAAAGUUGCACAUGUUUGGCAUUUACGUUUCUACCUUUCUGCGGUCAUUUACAUGUUUAGUUUGGAUUAUCAUGUAUUAGUGUAUACCUCUCACUCAUUGCCACCUAUUCAAUUAGACUGAAUUGUUGUUUUUAGCUGAGCUAUAUCCUUCUUUGGAAGCAUAACAUCACUUUCCCCUGUCAAACUUUGCUUUGUCAAAGAUAUUUGCAUUUUCUUGUGUUGACAAUAUAAAAUAAGAAUUUUGUAACAUAUUCAAAGAUUUAUGACUCAAAUAUGAAUUAUGUUAAAUGUUAUAAUUUUCUUGUUCACAUGAUGACUUUGUUAAAGAGAUAUGACUGAUUAAAUUCACAAGACAAUG